AUAUUAUUUUGUCAAAGAUAGUGAUUCAGUAAUUUAGCAAAGUCAAGAGAAUAAAGACGUAGAAAACAAAACAUGAAGAUUAUAUUCAUAGCCGUUUGUGGCUUGCUAUUUUUGGGGGCUGAUGCAUCAUCAUACUUAACAUCCGAUUCGGCUUUUCAAUUGAAACCAGAAUGUGCUAAGGGUCCCGUACAUUGGUGCCAAAAUCUGGUAACCGCAAAAUCGUGUGGCGCGGUGACACAUUGCAUUCAAACCGUUUGGGAAAAGCAAAAAUAUCCAGAAGAUCAUGAUUCGAUUUGUCAAAUUUGCUUGGAUAUGGUGAAACAGGCACGCGACCAAUUGCGCAGCAAUGAAACUCAACAAGAUCUAAAAGCGGUAUUUGAGGGCACUUGUGAAUUCAUUCGAAUUAAAAAAAUUCGACAAGAAUGCGACAAAUUGGCUGAUGAUAUGGUUCCCGAAUUGGUCGAAGCAUUGAGCUCACAAAUGAAUCCACAAGUUGUGUGUUCGGUGUCGGGUCUAUGCAAUAGUGCUGCGAUCGAUAAAGAGCUUGCCAAACAUGCAAAUGAAUUGGUUGUAAAUAAAAAAUCGUCGGGUCUCACAUGCAAUCAAUGCAAUAAAAUUUCAAGUAUUAUUUCAACAAAAUUCGCCAAUACGAAUCGCGAUCAAGUGUUGGAAAACAUGUUAUCGGUAUGUGGUCAAAUGUCGUCGCUAAGUGAUGGAUGUUCGGCUAUUGUUUUAUCGUAUUUCAAUGAAGUCUACGAUCAUCUUAAAGACAAUUUGAAUACAGAAAAUAUUUGUCAUAUGGCUGGCGUUUGUGUUGCACAAUUUCAUCAACACGAAGAGGAUGAUAUUGAGGUGAUUGAAGAUUCACGAAUUGGAUUCAUUGAUCAUGUAAGCGAUGACGUUCCAUGCGAUCUCUGCAAACAACUCAUUGUGCAUUUGAGAGAUUUACUGGUUGCCAAUACUACGGAAGCCGAAUUUAAGAAUGUACUUGAAGGCAUUUGUAAACAAACGAAAUCAUUCAAGUCAGAAUGUUUGAGUUUGGCCGAUCAAUACUAUGAUUUGAUUUAUGCUAAAUUGACAAAAGAAUUGGAUCCGGAUGGUGCCUGUUUCAUGAUUGGCAUCUGUCCAAAGGGUAAAUUGACACAAGAGCCACAGCAUUCGUAUGAAGUCAUGCCAUUAAUACCAAAUGAUCAAUUACUUGUGAAGAAGAAAAUUUUGGGCGAAAAUGAACCGGUACUAUCAGCACAAGAGAUUCAAAGUUUCCAAUUGCCGAAAGAUGUUUUACUAUUGAACGCUGAACAAUUGGAAGGGCAUGUCGUUCAAAAGAAGAACAAUCAAUUCUGUACAGCUUGCGAAUAUUUCUUGCAUUUCGUUCAGGACGCAUUAGCAUCACCGGUUAACGAAGAAAAUAUUAAACAAUCGGUCAUGAAUAUGUGUCACAAAGUGAAAUCAAACCUCCAAUCCGAAUGUGAACAAUUUGUUAAUAUGUAUGCCGAUGCAAUUAUUUCUUUAUUGAUUCAAGAGAUUGAUCCAUCCAUCGUGUGUCCACGAUUACUCACAUGCGCACAAACCACAUUAACGGCCAAUGAAAAAUGUCCACUUUGUCUAUUCUUGAUUCAAGAUAUCGAAGAACAAUUGCAGCAUAAUAAAUCAAAACAAAAUAUCGAGGAUAAAUUACACGCCUUAUGCAAUCGGCUAUCCGAUAAUUUGAAAACCGAAUGUGACGAUUUUAUAAACACUUAUACCGCUGAACUUGUCGAUAAAUUGGCCAACGAUUUUACACCACAACAAAUUUGCUUGUAUCUGAAAUGUUGUUCACAAAGAGAAGAAAUUCUUAUCGAAAAUAUUGGAGAUAGGGCUAGCUACAAUGAUUAUUUCUCGAAUACAGUUUAUCAAAUUGAACCAGAACAAGUGUCCGCACCCGAAUGUCUUUUAUGCGAAGAACUAGUGAAAUCGGUGGAGAAGAAAAUCGCAAAACAAAAAUCACGGGACCACAUUAAAAAAGUUCUCGAACAGGCAUGCACAACUUUGCCCAAAACCAAAUUAAAGAACAAAUGUUUGGCAGCAAUUGAGAAGGACAGUGAUUUCAUAAUCGAUUUGUUCCUUAAAGAAGUGACACCAAAAGAAGUGUGCUUGGCAAUGGGAUUCUGUAUUGUACACUAUGACAAUAGCUACGACAUUGUUCAAUUGGUUCCAUUGGUCGAUGAGAAACCAAAACCAAAACCAAAACCAAACAAAUACGUAUGCCGUGUCUGCCAACUUAUCGUUAAAGAGGUCGAAGAGCGGCUAAACAAUAAAACCGCACAACACGAUAUUGAAAAUUGUGUGAAACAUGUGUGCGAUGCACUCCCAAGUGCCGUUCAACCAGACUGCAAAAAGCUUAUCGAUGCAUACGCUGACGAAAUCAUAAAACAUUUUCCAAGCGAAUCACCCGAAAAACUUUGCUCAAAGGCCUGCUUUUGCGAAGCUAAUGAAAGCGACGAAGAUUCAUCAGAAAAUAUUGACGAUGAAUUCUCUUCACCCGAAUGUGUAUUGUGCGAGCAAUUGGUUAAAGAAGUCGAAAAGAAAGUGAAAAACGAUAAAUCACGGGAACAUAUCAAAGAGGUGUUAGAACAAGCAUGUUCAUCAUUCCACAAGAAAGAAUUGAAGGAAAAAUGCAUUGAAGUCGUGGACAAGAAUGCCGAUUACAUUGUGAAUGCAAUAAUGAAAGAAGUAACACCAAAAGAAAUCUGCCAUGGCCUUGCAUUCUGUGAAACGAAGACAACAAACAUUGAUGCUAAAAUUGAAAAAGUCUCCGAUCAAUUAAUGGAAAAAUACUCUGAAACGCCACAAUGUGUUUUGUGUCAAUUAAUUGCAACAAAACUUGAAGCCGAUUUGAAGAACAAAAAAACUGAAGAGGAGAUUGAAAAUGCAGUGCGUCGGGCUUGUCAUGCAUUGCCAAACAAAUAUGCGGUCAAAUGCAAUAAAUUCAUUCAAGAUUAUGCCGAUCUAAUAAUAAGCAUGGUAUCGACAGUUCCACCAAAAGAACUGUGCGGAGAGCUAAAUCUUUGCCUAAGCCAUUUGAACAAGGACACAAGCCAACGUGAUGUUUUGGAGUGUGGCAUUUGUAAUACAGCCGUCGAUGGAUUGGCCAUUGUUCUAGAGAAAAAUGGACCAAAAGAGAAGAAAAUUGUUACGGAAACAACAUGCCAUUUGUUGCCGGCCAAGUAUUAUCAACAGUGCAAUGACUUCAUGAAUAUCUAUGGCAUAAGCGUUAGCACAUUAAUCAAGAAAUCGGUAAAACGUUCGGAGAUUUGUGUGAAAAUUGGAAAAUGCUUCCAAAAUGGUGACAACAGUAUGUUUGUUGAAAUCAAUGGAGGUACAUCUAAUUCUGACGUAUCUGACGAAUCAGAUGAUGCAGAUGAAUCGAUUGAAUCUCAUGAAUUGUACAAAAGAAAUGUAGUUACAGCAUCUAUUGAUAAUGAAAUUCAGAUUGAAUGGCUCGAUGAUGAGGGUAGAGAUGCUGAAUAUGGCGAUUUUUUCGAAGGCGAUUUGAUAUUAACAGAUGAUCAAAAAGCUGCGAUAAUGGGAGAGAGAAAUGCUGUAAUCAACGAAGAUUUCCGAUGGCCAAGUGCUAUAAUUCCAUACGAAUUAUCUAACAAUUAUUCGGCCGAACAUAAGGCAGUCAUUUUCAAUGCCAUGAAACAAAUUGCAAAUGUUUCUUGUGUCAAAUUCCGGCAACGAACAAAUGAAACCGAUUACGUACAAUUUGAAGCAAGCAAAAAUGGGUGCAGCUCAAAUGUUGGUCGAAUUGGCGGAAAACAGGUCAUCAAUUUGCAAAUAUCGGAACCAGGAAUCGGUUGCUUUAAAGAGGGAUCGAUAAUUCAUCAAAUCUUGCAUGCACUUGGAUUUUACCAUAUGCAGAGCACGUUCGAUCGUGAUAACUAUAUCAGAAUAAAUGUGGAUAACAUAAAAAAAAACAGAACACAAAACUUUAAAAAGUAUGCUUCCUCGCAUGUCACCAAUUUCAAUACAUCUUACGAUUUUGGAAGCAUAAUGCAUUACCACUGUAAAGCAUUUGCUAUAAAUCGCAACAUCCCAACAAUAGUCCCACUUGAUGGAAACGAAGAUUCGAUGUUCAAAAUGGGACAACGAGAAGGCUUGAGCAAAAAAGAUAUUUUGAAGCUGAACGCCAUGUACCGAUGCAAGUCAUCUAUAAACAAUUCUGUGACGACGCUACAUAGUGAUAUUCACAUGAUUUUUAUUGCUGUUCUCACAACUUUCAUGUUGAAACAUGUUGAUUUUGAUUGGGAAAUAUUGACAUUCAACUGAACGAACAAGAAAAAAAAAGUUGAUGCCUUUAAUAAAAAGAAAAAAAAUGAGCAAAUAAUUUUUACCAUGAUAAAUUACCAAUUGAGAUAAAAUUGAUGAAUUAAAGAAACUUAUUAAAUUUUUGUCUUCGACAAUGAUGCCAUCAGAGGGAAAAAUUUAUAUCUGUAAAAAAAUAAUUUAAAUAAAAACUAAAAUGUAUAAAUUUGUUUU